AUGUCUGCUGAACCCUCCUUGGAGCCCACUGGCCCUCAUGGAAGUAGCGACAAUAUCGAGAAGCUACCGUCAAUAUCGCAUGCGGAGAACAGUGCCAUGUCGUUAGAUCAAUCAGUGCGGACGUUUCGCCUUUUCGAGAUCUUACGGAGCGGAGAUGCCACUGCGAUCUCGAAAGCCAUCAGGGAGACUAGUGAGCCGCAAGGAUCUGGCACCCUCUCUGACACGACAAUUCUCCAUCUUGCGAUCCAGUGUGCUGAACCGCAGGUUGUCGAGUUUGUCUUGUCUGCCGGCGAGGACCUCGACAUUAAUGGGCGUGAUCGAGAUGGCAACACACCGCUUCAUUUGGCCGCUCAGCUUGGAAGGGGAUCUGUGAUCCGCGAACUUCUGAGCCGGCCUUCGCUCAAUGAUGCGAUUGUCAACUAUCGCGGUCAGACAGCCCUCGACGUCGCGCGUACCCCGGAGAUUUUCCAGCAACUUCAGCUUGCUCGCUCACUGUUUAUCGACGCCAAGUCUCAAGAUAUCCAAGCGCUUGUUUCUCAAGGAGAUUAUGACAAGCUGGAGAAAGUGCUAGAAGAGCCCCGCGUCGAAGGAAUUAUGGACGUCAACAGUCUGGACCUGGUAACCGACCCUGUUACCGCCCAGUCUGGGGGCACUUUAUUGCAUGAAGGGGCAAGGAGGAAAGAUAUACAGCUGAUCCAAAUUCUGCUGAUGCAUGGGGCGGAUCCCUUUCGUCGUGACAAGAAGGGUAAGUUGCCGCAGGAUGUGACUAAAGAUGACAAGACUCGUGCGAUUGUCAAGAAAUCACCGGCGGCGGUCAUCGCACAACGUGGUAUCCAGGAAAAAGCCAUUCUUGGUACCAGUGCAGCUCAAGGUGUGCCUGGUCGCUCGGGCGGGAGUGAAGCGCCUUUCGCCGGAAAGGAAGCUCGUGAAAUGAGAGGAUAUUUAAAGAAAUGGACAAACUAUACAAGUGGCUAUAAAUUGCGAUGGUUUGUCUUAGAAGACGGCGUGCUAAGCUAUUAUAAACAUCAAGAUGAUGCUGGCUCCGCCUGCCGAGGCGCGAUUAACAUGAAGAUUGCUAGGCUCAAUAUGGACGCACAAGACAAGACCCGAUUCGAGAUACACGGAAAAUCAUCUGUCAAAUAUCACCUUAAGGCAAAUCACGUCGUCGAGGCAAAGCGUUGGUUCUGGACUUUGAACAAUGCCAUCCAAUGGGCCAAGGACGAAGCGAAAGAGGAAGAGAGGCGGCAGUCGAGGCAUGCGGAAGUGCUCCGUCAAGCAAAAAUGGACCAAGUGGAAGGUCGACAGUCCGAGACACUUUCUGAAUCUCCAAGCUCAGCUGUCGCAAGAUCGAAUGCGAAGGGCCUUGCACCACCGUCUAUCAGUGUACCGAAUAGCAGCGGCACACGGCUUAGCACAUACACGUCUCACACAACGUUGGGAAGCGCCCAUGAAGAUGAGGAAGGCUCAAUGUACGGGUCAUUGGAGCAUACCGCUCUGCCAAAUGAUGUCAACCGAGCGCCGAGUCAUGUAACAACGGCUCCCGAUAUUGACUGUGAUGACGACGAGGAAGGCGAUUAUGCGUCCAGUCAUGAUAUGCUACCGACAGACAAAGAUGCAUUGAAUAUCACUGCUCAAUCGACGAAACUUCAACUUGACAUUCUUGCCAAUGUUGCCUCUUCUCUACAGGCACAAAAGUCUAAGGAUCCUAGCACAUCACUCUCUGACUCAGCUGUUGACCAAGCCUUAGUCGCUUAUGAGGCAGCCGUAAGCAGUUUGCAGGGCCUGGUGCAAAGUCUCUUGAAGAUAUCCAGGGACCGUGAUGCAUAUUGGCAGUAUCGUCUGAGUAGGGAGACCUAUCUCCGCAAGAUGUGGGAAGAAAGCAUGGCAAGGGUCGCUCAGGAACAUGAAGAGCUCCAGUCACGGAUGGGCGAGUCCGAGGAAAAACGUAAACGUACCAAACGGGCACUCAAAGAAGCGUUGGAGUCAACAGCCACGAGCCGUGCAGUUAGCAAAACCCCGUCUCGUGUGCAGGCCAUCCGCGAAGGACUUGGCGGUACUGAAAGCGAGGCCCUGGAGCCGGAGGCGGCAGAGUGUCCAUCAGAGCUCGAAGAGCAAAAUCCUGAAAGCUCUCUCCGGCACAAGAAGCCGGCCAUAUCUCAGAGUAUUAGCAAUCUCUGUGACUCGGAGACCGAUGAUGAAGACGAGUUCUUUGAUGCCAUUGAUUCUGGAGAAAUUGAGGUUCAGAAACUUGGCUCAGAGGACGAUGGGCAGAAAUCCCUGGAGGGCAGUGAGCUUCGUUCCUCGAAGAGAUUGGAAAUUGUUCCUUCGUUUAAGGGAUAUGAAGAGCCUAUUCGGCAGAGACUCAAGAUGGACUACGAUAAUCGACCGAAGAUUUCACUCUGGGGUAUAUUGAAGUCGAUGAUUGGCAAAGAUAUGACGAAAAUGACACUCCCGGUCUCUUUCAAUGAGCCGACAUCCCUGCUUCAACGCGUGGCCGAGGACUUGGAGUACGCAGAUCUACUUGACAUUGCGGCCGACCGACCUGAUUCGAUGGAGCGCCUGGUGUAUGUUGCCGCGUAUGCCGCGAGCGAAUAUGCAUCGACGAUAGGCCGUGUGGCCAAACCGUUUAACCCUCUUUUGGGGGAGACGUUUGAAUAUGCGCGGCCAGACAAAGGUUAUCGGUUCUUUGUUGAACAAAUCAGUCAUCAUCCACCAAUAGGUGCUGCCUGGGCCGAGUCGGCGAAAUGGGACUACUAUGGCGAGUCUGCUCUCAAGUCCAAGUUUUACGGGAAGUCUUUUGAUAUCAAUCUCCUAGGGACUUGGUUCUUGAGGUUACGACCCUCAUCGGGGGGGGAGGAGUUGUACACUUGGAAGAAGGUCACAUCAUCCGUCAUUGGCAUCAUCACCGGUAGUCCUACGGUUGACAACUAUGGUUUGAUGGAAAUCAAGAACUGGACCACGGGCGAAAUCUGCUACUUGGAUUUCAAACCCAGGGGCUGGAAGGCUGCGUCCGCAUACCAGGUGAGUGGUAAGGUCGUGGAUCGUGAUGGUUCACCCAAGUGGAGUAUUGGCGGUCGAUGGAAUGACAAGAUCUACGCGCGCCAUACCCCGGGAUUCGAGGCGCCAGUAUCUGGUCAGGAUCCCGAAUCGGCCAAGACGAUUCUGGUCUGGCAAUGCCACGCUCGGCCGAGCGGAAUCCCAUUCAACCUGACCCCUUUCGUCAUCACGUUGAACGCCCUGCCCAAGGGACUCAAGGAAUGUCUACCGCCUACCGAUACGCGGCUUCGGCCCGAUCAGCGUGCGAUGGAAGAGGGUGAAUAUGAUUUAGCUGCCAAUGAGAAACAUCGGGUGGAGGAAAAGCAGCGGGCCAAGCGGAGGGAGAGGGAGACGAGAGGCGAGGAGUAUCAACCCAAAUGGUUCAGUAGAGCUAAGUGCGCGGUUACUGCCGCGUGGAACAAACCACUCCUUCCUUCGAGCGUCCCAUCCAGGCGUCGCGCUGCACCCACCAUGCCUGGCGAAUAUACAUGUGGGCGCUGUCUGCAGGUGCUCCGUCGAAGGGUUGCUGUCCAGAACUCCGUGGCUCGCUGGCAUCAUGUCGCUACUCCAAGCCGAGGGGGAUACGGAUUUCCCACUUCGUGCGUGCGGAGUUUGAGCUCGCGGAGCAGUGGUUCCUUUGAGCCCAAACCUCUGCGAGGGCCAGUCAGACAGGCUGCCUUGUCACCAACCUUGUCGGUCUCUCCAAUUGGGUCGCAGAAUAUCGGCUCGGUGGUGCAGAAGGCCACAAAUGCCACCUCCAACGCCUCGCCGGAGGCGCGGGAGCUUUUGAAACCAAACAACCUGUUCCAUUCCUUCUCUCAGUCGCCAGCAGCUACAAUUAGACAGCGUGCCGCUUUCAUCAAGCAAAACGCGUUCUGCCCGCACCCGAGUCAUCAACAGACCCGUUUACCUGUUUCCCCUCAUGAUUCGGAGUCGCGCAAGAGUCUGCCGAGCACGGAGAGUCUGCCACCGGCUCACUCUCAUUUCGAAUGUCCCGACUGCGGUGUUCCGAUAUACUGCUCAGAGGGCCAUUGGAUGGAUGAUUUCGAGGCCCACUUAGAGGUUUGUGAGACCAUCCGACAGAUCAACGAAGAUGAUCAUGAUUUACACUCCGGCCGGUUCUUCCCGGAGUUCUCGUACCCGGGGCUGCAGGACGACAACUUUGUCAUCAACAUGACGAACUGGGAUACCUUCAUGUACACGCGGGAAUUCGAGGCGAUUAAUGAUGACCGAAGCAUGCGACAAGUGACUAGGAUGCUCACCUACCCACUUACAAUUGGAAGUGUCUUACAUGAGCUUAGCCCUUACAAUGUCCGAAAAGGAGGCAGGCUUACAGUGGAGGGUCUCAAGAGUGUCAGCGCACUCCGGUACACCCUACACCCCUCCAAAACCGGUGAAGGCGUUGAUAUCCAAGGACUCCGCCUCAAGGCCCCGCCUGUGCGGAUAUUCAUUCUGGGUGCACGUGCCGAGUCAUCCCUACCGCGUGAUGUCUGGCUUCAACUUAGCUACAUUUUCCCGCGCUCGCUGAUCCAUCUGAUCUUUAUUGGACCAGAGAGUAUGGCCAACCGAGAUGCCGAAUUCCCACUCCCCGAGCGCACGCCCGAAAAUCCGUUCGGUGGCAUUGUGGAGGACCGGCUUGGGGGUCAGUUCAAGAUCACGACGUAUGUUGACUACUUCCACACGAUGUACAAAGCACAGUACUUCCAACCUUUCGAUCCGUAUCUGGAUUGCUUUAUGCUUUUCCAUCCGGGUCUUGGACAUCCGGCCAGCUCCCACGAAUGGGAGGAAACGCUGCCACAGCUUCUGGAGACCAAGGUGCCCAUUAUCACUACGGGUUAUACACAGUGGGACAUGGAGCGAGACAUCAACUGGGUCCAUGAGAAAUGUGCUGGUGAAUUCGACAUUCUGCUAGAGCCUGGGGAGAACGUUUUCCGUAGUUUACGCUGGGACCUGAAUGAUCUGGAUCCGCAUGACGUGUCCUGUGGCAAUUGGGGACUCUGGGCCUUCCGAGGAAAGAGGUACGAGGCGACCUUCAAAGCUUCGUAG